AUGGCGUCCACCGCUUACACCAAGCUCAGCAACGAUGGCAAGUCGAUCCGCCUCUCCUCCCAGGCUUACAUCACCACCGAGAACUAUCAAGAUGUCGGCCUGCGAGUGAGGCACGAUGAUUCGAGCAGAUACAUCCUCGAGGCCGUGUGGCAGUAUCCGGACGGUGCGGAGAGCACCUUUGCCUUUCUGUCGGGAGUGGUGGUCGACUACAAUCCCGAUCGGCUUGACGACGGUUUCCGCGAAGGCGUUCCGUCUCUGUGCAUGACCGGCGAGACUCUCUGCAUCGGCGUUCCCGACGACAUCAUGGGUCACAUCGUAAUGAACCUUCGACUCGCCGUCCUCAACAAAUAUCCGGCCUGUGAUUUGGUCGACCAGAGCAAGAAGCACAACGGCUUCUCCUGGCUCACCGCCGACGCGGAGUGCAUCAACGGGUUCACCUUGAGGAAAAGUAACGGGAGCAUCCGCCGCAUCAAGUACCACUGCACCUGGCAGGAAGAGAUCAGGAGCUCUUUGGUCUGCGACAUCGCCGCCAUCGUCCGCGUUCACCAAGACGCCGCGGGUAGCUGGAGCGAACUCGACUUCAAUAUUAGCUGCGUCCACGUCUGGGACCUCACGACAACUUCGGCCCCUCUCACUCUCAAUCUCAUUCAGCAGUCCCCUACACGCAAGGAGGCCAGCAAAGCUCUGCUGGAGAAGAUCAAGCCGCAUCGACGCAGCUGA